UUCUGCCGCUGGCCUCAUUAUGGAAGAGCACAAUGGCUCUGCAGAGAGUCCCCAGCUGAGCCAAGGACGGCACGUUGCCAUCAAGUGUGGGUGGCUGAGGAAGCAAGGGGGCUUUGUGAAGACUUGGCACACACGCUGGUUUGUGCUUAAAGGAGAGCAGCUCCAUUAUUUCAAAGACGAGGACGAAACCAAACCCUUGGGUACCAUAUUCUUGCCUGGAAAUCGUGUUCUUGAGCAUUCCUGCAAUGAUGAAAGUCCAGGGAAGUUCCUCUUUGAAGUGGUUCCAGGAGGAGACAGAGAGCGAAUGACAGCAAACCAUGAGACAUACCUUCUUAUGGCCAGCACUCAGAAUGACAUGGAGGACUGGGUGAAGUCUAUCCGGAGGGUGAUAUGGGCACCGUUUGGAGGAGGUAUUUUUGGCCAGAAGCUGGAAGACACAGUCCGGUACGAGAAAAGAUACGGAAACCAUUUGGCUCCCAUGUUGGUGGAACAGUGUGUCGAUUUUAUUCGGCUGCGUGGGCUGAAGGAGGAAGGGCUUUUCCGACUGCCGGGCCAGGCUAACCUUGUCAAAGAAUUGCAGGAUGCCUUUGACUGUGGAGAGAAGCCAUUGUUUGACAGAAAUACCGAUGUUCACACAGUGGCAUCGCUGCUGAAACUGUACCUCAGAGAACUGCCAGAGCCGGUUAUCCCUUAUUCCAAAUACGAAGAUUUCCUUUCUUGUGCCAAACUGCUCAGCAAGGAAGAGGAAACGGGACUGAAUGAAUUGGUGAAACAAGUGAAGAGUUUGCCACUUGUUAACUUCAACCUGUUGAAGUAUAUUUGCAGGUUCCUGGAUGAAGUGCAGUCCUACUCUGGAAUAAACAAAAUGAGUGUGCAAAACCUUGCUACUGUCUUUGGUCCCAACAUCUUGCGUCCCAAAGUGGAAGACCCUCUGACCAUAAUGGAAGGUACGGUUGUGGUCCAGCAGUUGAUGUCCAUGAUGAUCAGCGAGCAUGAGCUGCUCUUUCCCAAGGAGGCAGAUCUCCAAAGUGGACAGGAAGUGUGUAAUAACAACAACGAGAUCCAAAAGAAAGCGAUCAUGGGUCAGCUCCAGAACAAAGAGAACAACAACACCAAGGAGUCGUCACCGGUGAGGCACUGUUCCUGGGAUAAACCUGAAUCUCCUCAAAGAACCGUUGUGGACAAUGGGUCCCCUACUGCCCAGCCUGGGAGCAAGUCCAGUAGCCCAAGAAACAGCAUUCACAAACUGGACAUCACCAGAAGCCCACCCCUCAUGGUGAAAAAAAAUCCAGCAUUUAAUAAAGGCAGUGGCAUAGUCACCAAUGGGUCCUUCAGCAGCUCCAUGGAAGGUCAAGAGAAGACGUCACCAGCCUUACCCAACGGUACUUUGCAGACUAGAAGAACAGCUUCCCUGAAAGGGCCAGUCACCAAAAUGGGCACACACAGUGUGCAGAACGGAGGUGUCCGAAUGGGUAUUUCCAGCACCGACCCCCAUAGCAACUCCCUGAACAGCCGCAACCAGACCUGGGUGCCCAAUGGGUACGUGACGUUCAGGGACAACAAACAAAAGGAGCCCAUGAGUGACUCAGGCCAGCAUAACAGACUCUCCACCUACGACAACGUCCACCAGCAGUUCUCUGUGGUGAACGCUGAAGAUAAGCAAAGUGUGGACAGCGCAACGUGGUCCACCUCCUCUUGUGAAAUAUCCCUCCCCGAACAUUCCAACUCCUGCCGGUCCUCCACCACCACCUGCCCUGAGCAAGACUUUUACGGGCCCAAUUUUGAAGACCCUGUGCUGGACGAGCCCCAACAUGAAGACCUCUCCAACCAAGCCGAUUAUGAGAGCAAAGGUGACCGGAGAAGUAUGGGCGGGCGCAGCAGCCGGGCCACCAGCAGCAGCGACAACAGCGAGACGUUCGUCGUCAACAGCACGAGCAACCACAGCGCUCUGCACAGCCUCGUCUCAAGCUUAAAGCAAGAAAUGGCAAAGCAGAAGCUGGAGUAUGAGACGAGGAUAAAAAGCCUUGAACAGAGGAAUCUUUCCCUGGAGACAGAAAUGAUGAGCCUGCACGAUGAACUAGAGCAAGAGAAGAAGAAGUUUACAAUGGUAGAAAUCAAAAUGCGCAAUGCCGAGCGGGCCAAAGAAGACGCUGAGAAGAGGAAUGACAUGCUGCAGAAGGAGAUGGAGCAGUUCUUCUCAACAUUUGGGGAACUGACGGUAGAGCCACGGAGGCCGGAAAGAGGGAACACCAUAUGGAUCCAAUGAACACUGCUGCUAACCAAGACUGUGGGAUUCUGGGAAGAGGGUUGUUGGGAUAUUAUAUUGUAACAGGUGACUGGUCACCUGACUGAGGCUAGCACUCAACAUGACCUUGUCAACCCUCAAAAGAAGACACCAUGUCUACAUCAAACAAUCAAUUGCAUCUGCUGUGUGUACUUUUUAAUUGAGAAAUCAUAUUCCCUGAAUGUGUCAUACUGCUACUGUUAAGUGUUACAAUUGGGUUUGUGUAUAUAGAUUUUAAAUAGGUCACCCUGGGGGUUGGGGCAGAGUAGGAAGAGACAAGAAAAAUUAUUUUAAUGCAAGUCUUAUAUUUAAACUGGCAAAUGGAACUUCAUUGCAAUCAAGCUUUAUAUCAAGGCUUUUUCUCCCUUGCACUUACUUAACAUAAUAAGCUAUUUUUGGCAUUGUGUUACCAUCAGCUUAUUUUAUAAAUUAAUUUUUAUUUGGUUGCCCCUCUCGCUGGGGAAUUAAGAUAUAUAUAUAUAACUAUAUAUAUAUAACUAUAUAUAUAAAUAUAUAUAUAGUUAGCUAUUAGCUAUUAAAAAAAGAUAUUGUGUGACCGUGCUGUUUGUGCCAAUUGAUUUGCCCAUGACCAAAAAACACCCUGUAAAUAAUUUUAUAAAAAUAUAACAUG